GCCAGCCGUUUGCUCCGCCAUUUCUUCAGGUGUUAAUGUGCGUGAUUGAAUAAAGACCACAUUUAAUACCUUGCACAUAACUGAAUGAUGCCAAAUAUGCAAACAAAUAUAAAGAGUUGAACUGUUCCAUGUCUCCUGUCACGCUUCUUACCGGAGCCCCGUAGUGGAUGAGCAUUCACCUACCUAUAUUAUUAGUUAUAGUUCUUUUCAUUUGGUCCUUCGAGCCGGAUGCUACACUCAUUACGGUGAUAUGGAGCAAUGGAGCCAAUAUUACUCUCCUGAUACCACACAUCCUGUUCGACCACAGGCCAGAGCACGUCAGCUCUCAACACGUCUGCAAGCUUAUGACAUAACAUUGCCUAAAUCUCUCAUACCAGACCCUGCGCUGUACGACAGUUCAUACCACCAGCCAAGGAUGAAUCACCCAGCAUCACAGCUAAACCUCAGUGGACAGGCCGAGCCAGUCUCGACUGUGGAGCAGCUUCCUAUGAGUGAGUUAUCUCUGGUGCAGUAUGGAGUAGGUCAAGCUACAGGUCAUUUGGGCAGCGUUGAUAAUGGAUCUGGUGUUUUUGCAAGACAGCUAGAUGAUGACAGAUCCUAUAGUCAUUCUAGAUCACCUGUAGUUCAGCGAGAAUAUCACAGUCUAUCCGAACGUGAGUCUCUUAGCAGUGGUGCUGUUUCACCUUCACUCCGUGAUGAAGAACAGGCUAGAGCCAUCUCACCACCUGUGGUCAGACCAAAAGCUACUGCGACACCAUCUAUCCCACUUCAGCCAUUCCAUGCUGCUGUAGUCACCCGAGACAUUUCUCAACAGUCAGCUCCAUGGCAUAUGACACAAACGAUGCCUAAUGCCGCAUAUGGUACGACUGCGCCAUAUCUUGGUGUCUCACCUUCAUCCGCUCCACAUGCAAUGCUGCAUCAGCAAACUUCAUCCAGUACACUAGAUUUUCGUCCUUCAUGCCAACUUACCUCAUCAUUGCCACGUACUGUUACAUCAGUGAAGCUGCCUUUAGUUACAACAGCCCACACCACUUGUGUGCCACCUGUCUAUCAGUUACAGACUACUGUUCCAUGCCAACCACAAUGGCAGUCAUUCACCAUGCCAGACCCAUAUCGACCUCCACCAUCAGUCCCAGGGUAUUAUGUCACUCAGCCGUCUAUUCACAUUCCAGGACAGACCUGGUAUGGCUCUCCAGCAAUGUACCCGCCACUACCUCCAACCCCUGUUUACCAGCCAAUACCUGCAGCGCUUCCACUCCAGCCAGUUCCAAUCCCAACAUUACCUAAACUUGUGAAUGAUAGUGAGAGAGAGUUUACAGAUCUGAAGAUGGCUUUGGAUAAUCUCCUCAAUCCUCACACUGAGCUCACUGAACAUUAUAAAUAUAGGGUGUUAAUGGAACAGUUAGUCCUGGAGGAAGCAAGGCUUAUCGUCCAAGCAUGCCGGCAUCAUCCUGCACCCUAUGCAGCAGCUAUGACAGCAUUACAACGUCAGUAUGGCCAACCUCAUCAGCUGGCUCAAAGUGAAAUUGCAUCUUUGUUAAAUUCGCCUGAUAUUAGAGCUGGGGAUGCAAAGGCUUUCCAGAGUUUUGCGCUCAAUGUUGACUUGUUAGUAGGCAUGCUGAUGUCACUUGAGGGGCCACAGGGACGAGAACUCACUUGCACGGGGCAUGUUGACAGACUACUCAGUAAGCUACCCAAGCAUUACAGAGAUAGUUUUAUUGAGCACCUCCAGUUACGAGGCAGACUGAGCACUGACAGCCUCAACCCGUAUAACCUUCAUGAUCUUGCUGACUGGUUGAAAGUGAAAGCAGAGGCUCAGCGUCUGUCAUCUAAAAUGGUACAGCGCUACCAGACUGAGAGAGUUCAAGUCCCACGUAGAGAACGUCAACCCAUUCCGAAGCCCCAAACUCGACUCACUGCAGUGUAUCAUGGCAGCAACCAACCCAAAGAGGUCAGUACAGUAAAUUAUGCCCAUACAGAGCCUGCUCAUGCCCAGCAAUCAGUUAAGAAGCUGAAACGUCUAUGUCUGUUCUGUAAAAGUCAAGAGCACUAUUUGUCGCAGUGUAGUGAAAUCACUGAGCGCUCACCGGAACAGAUUUUCAAGUGGAUAAAGGACAGUAAGAGAUGUUGGAAAUGUGGACGUACAAGUCAUAAAUGUGAGGAAUGCACGCUAAAGAAACCUUGCAGAGAAUGUGGUAAUAUACACCUCAGUGUGCUGCAUUCCAUUGCCAAAGAUGGUCCCAACCUUGUGCUACUUACGACGUCUGGAGAUCGAGCAUAUCUGACUUCCCCUAGCUCAACAGGACGUGUUUACCUGAAAGUCGUCCCAGUGCUGCUGUGGAAAGGCAAAAGAUCUGUACCAACAUAUGCUAUCCUGGAUGACGGGGCCCAGCGGAGUAUUGUUCUUCCAGCAGCAGUUCAGCAGCUAGGACUUGUGGGUAGGGAAGAGCAUAUGGCCCUUCGCACCAUCCGACAUGAUGUCACUGAGUUAAAGGGACAGUCAAUCGAUCUGCUACUUUCCACACAGUCAAGUCCAAAGGAGAAGUACAGCCUCACAAAUGUAUUUACUGCUCCUCUCCUUACGUUAACUGACCAAACGUAUCCCAUCCAGAGACUCCAGCGAUGCUAUUACCAUCUCAGAGGGAUUCCUCUUCCAACCUUUGAUAAGGUGCAGCCCCUUCUCCUAAUUGGGUCUGACUACCCAAACCUGAUCACAGCCAAGGAGCCCAUCAGACUAGGGCCAGCUGGUGGACCGGCAGCUGUUCGUACGCAGCUCGGUUGGGUUCUCCAGGGACCAGAUGGACUUCUGCCACAUCAGGUACCUUCACCACAGUGCUUAUUCACUUCCCUUACUCCAAUUCGCGAUCCUGUUUACCAACAUGUUGAGCGACUGUGGCAACUGGAUGUCCUCCCAUACCGCAGUGAAAAGCUGGUAACACGAUCAAAACAGGAUCAAGCAGCUGUGAAUAUGCUGGAGACCAGAACACGACGUGUGGAAGUUAAUGGCAUCUUGCGUUACGCUACUCCACUCCUUCGUGCACGGGAUGCCCCACCUUUGAGAGGAAUCAAAGAGUCAGUUUUGUCCAGCCUCAGAAACACUGAGAGGCGUCUCAGCAAAGACACAGAAAAGGCAAAGAUGUAUGAAGCUGAGAUACAGAAACUCCUUGAUUCAGGGUAUGUUGUCAAGAUACCCCUGGAGAAUCUUCAGCCCAUUGAGGAGUCAUGGUUCAUACCACAUCACCUCGUACACCACAAUGGCAAGGAUCGGCUGGUUUUUAAUUGCUCCUUUGUGCAUCUAGGUGUUUCCCUUAAUCAGCAGCUGCUUCCUGGUCCCAGCCUCAGUGCCUCAUUGUUGGGAGUUCUCCUUCGGUUUCGGCAGUAUGCGGUUGCCAUCAGUGGUGACAUACGUGGUAUGUUUCACCAGGUGAGACUCCUACCCGAAGACAAACCCCUGUUGAGGUUUAUUUGGAGGAACAUGCGUAGGGAGGAUCCACCUGACAUUUACGAGUGGCAAGUCUUGCCCUUUGGGACGACCUGCAGUCCCUGCUGCGCCACCUUUGCUCUACAGAGACAUGUGCGCAGCCAACAGCCCGGAAAUGAAGAAGUGCUGCAGUCCAUAGAGCGGAGUUUUUAUGUAGACAAUUGUCUGCAGAGUUUCGCCACUGCUAUGGAAGCUAAGCAACUGAUCGACAAGAUGAGACCUCUACUAGCCUCAGGGGGCUUUGAAAUAAGACAGUGGGCUUCUAAUGUACCUUCAGUCAUUCAGCACUUACCUUCCACAGCUCGCUCAGAGAGCAUUGAACUGUGGUUGCAGCAGUAUAAUUUGGAUCCCCUGGAACCAGCUUCUGGGCUUGGUGUGGCACUGUCUAGAAGACCAUGUGGGCUUCCGGAAUCGUGA